AUGUGGAUGUCUAUUUUGGGCAUCACUAUAGAUGAUGAGCCUAUGGUCAAAGAAUCAAACUAUCAUUCUGAUUUCAAAUGGAGAAUUCACUCUAAUGAGAAACUAAAGACACCUAGAGCUAGUAACAACAAAUAUCCCAUCAUAAAUGGCUGUCUCAAGAAGCAGCCUCGUAUAAUGCAUUGGAUUGUGUCUCACAUUUUGCGUCCUAAGAAUGGUGGUUUUUCAAGAGUUGAUGUGCCAGAGGUACAUCUUGUCUAUCUUCUCCUCAACAAAAUCAAAAUAAAUUGGCCAUAUUAUAUUGUAUAUAAUAUUUUUAGAAUUCAUGAUUGCAACAGAGGGACUGCUUUUCCUUAUGCUUCCAUGAUAGCCAAGAUUAUCAAUUCCUUCGACAUUGAUCUCCCAAACUUGGCAUACAUUUCUCCUACUGAAAAUUUGGAAUUUUCCAAAAGAACUAUAAAGAACUUGAGGUAUUAUUUGGAUCCUAUUAGGAGGGUAUAG